AAUGUCUCAGAUAAAAUUUUAAGACUGGAAUCUGACGGUGCCUAUAUGAUCGAGUACUACGACGGAAUCAAGAAGAAACUUCGCCCCCAGUUUAUUCGGAAAAUAUCGCUAGACGACCUUCCGUUUAUUGAGGGCUGUAAAGAGGACCUUCAGAUAGCAGUCGCGGGACUCAAUGGCGACACAACGAAGUUCCGAGCUCGACAUAGAUCUAGCUCGUCGACGGAUGAAUCGUCGUCCGUGAGCGAGAAAGGACGCCGACGAAAGUCCAAGUUCAGCGUAAAGGAGAUAUUUAAUAUACAAGAUAAAAAACCAGUGGACGGGAAAGGCGACUCCCCGGUUCGAAAAACUUUGGAAUCGGCCGAUUCGCCGAAAACCGAAAAACUUUCUGAACUAGAAAACUCGAGUGUCGUCAACAGUUCGAAGAAUAAACUUCGAACCAAGUCCAGUGAAUUGAACGAACCAAAAAGUGAAUCUAAAGCCGCCAGAUAUUCGAAAAAUUCUGCGAACCUUUCGGACGAUUUAAAGAGUCCGCCAAGUGAAAAGACUGUUAAAGGGCAACGGACCGAAAAAGAACCAUUUUCUAAACUUGUCAACGAUCAUAAACAACAAUGACGUUAAGUCAGUUUUACCAACAUACUGUGAUAUCUCACCCUCCUCCCAUCUUCAGGAAGAAGCCACGCCCCUUGACCCUUCCCCUGACACACCUCCUUCUCCGGUCAAACUACCUAGCCCCGAGGAUGCGUUGUCUCUGAUCACAGAGAACGGGUUCGGAUUUUCUCCGAGAUCGGAGAAAGGAGUUCUCUCUGGUUCAACGCUCCUUUCGGAGCCGGAAGAAUCCUUCCCGUCGGAGUCCCAGGACACCAGCCAUGAGGGGACACCGUCAGAAAAAGAAAAUCUUCCGUCAGCGAUUCUUGAGCCGGAAAAUUCCCCCACCUGGCACCGUAAAUUUACCAAAGAUACUCCAGAAGGGUUGGGAAAGCGGAGCCGGAAACGGAAACGGUUUGCUGAUGAAGAACCGGAAUCGACGGGAAAGAAAAGACCGGUCAACGGUCAGUUCGGUAUUAGUCCGUCGAUUCCAAAGUCAAAAUCCAAUAGGGUCAUUAAAGGAUCCCAAGAGAGCAUUUCAGAAAUUCCGUCGAAAUCCUCAAUUUUGUCUCAGAAGAAAUCCAAAAGGAAUUUCGAGUCUUCAAGCCCAGCCAACCUCUUUCCUUCUUCUCAUUCCAGUCCUGAACUUGUUAAACCUCUUGUCGAGUCUUCGAAGCCGUCGUCACCUAGUCCUACAGAGGUUCUCGAACUCCCUUCGAACAACAACCGUGACCAGACGUCGUCCUCCUCCUAUCCCUAUCUCAAGUUCGACCUCUCUCUACCCGUCGACCAGCUUCUAAAGAACAUGGUGGAGGGUUUUAACAUUCCAGGACCCGCCAAACCUAUUCUUGUGCGCGCGCCUAAGCUCCCCUCCGGCUGGACGAAGAGGGUGAGUGUGCGCACAAACGUGUUAACCUCUGGCAAAUGGGAGGUCGUAAUCUUCAGUCCACAGGGAAAGUCUUUCAAAUCCAAACAGGAGCUGUGUCGUCAUUUCGAGUCAAACAAUCUUCAGCUAAACGUUGAGGAUUUCGAUUUUUUACUGGAUCCACCUUUAAAGAAGAUCCGUAAUAUCUGGAAGGAAUUAAAGAAAUCCUCCCAGAAACCAGGAAUCAUCCUCUCUCAGGUUAAUCCUGCUCCUCCCCUGUCCAGCCCUGAUCCCGGAGCUGAACCUAGCACGGAACCUGGAGCUAAAUCUAAUAUUGAACCUGUAUCUGAGUCUAGUCCUGUACUCCAACCCGAACCUCCUGUAACCUCCAGCCCUAAAGAACCUCCAAGAAAUCCUCUAAAAUCCCACGAGGCUGUCAAGAUGUCGCCUAAAACUGGUGGGAGGUUGGUUGAAACUGUUCCUCAGUCCUCGAGGAUGGGCGGAGCAGCAACCCAGUCCCUCCCUGGUGGUUCUGGCCUGGUAGGGUGGGACGGAGAGAGAGGUGUCCGGUGCAACUUGGUGAAUUGUAACAAGCUCUUCAGGAAUGAUAAACUUCUUCUUCAACAUGUUAAGCACUAUCAUUCCCAUCUAAACCCUAUUCUGGAGGAACUGGUUGGGAACCAGCCAACUGUAACAGAUAUGGCGUAUCUUAGAACACGUCUUGGAGAUGAUUGUAAAGACCUUGAGACCGGCGGAGAACUUAAAGAUAUCUUGCGGAAGGCGGAGCUGACGUAUGAGGAGGGGAGGCGGAACGAACCAGCGGAUAAAAAGUGCACGCCGGAAACUCCGCUCCGGCCGGAGAAAAAAAGGCGACGAUCCCCGGAAGAGAAACAGACGGAGAAGAAACUGAAGAUUUCAAUUCCUUCAAUGCAGGAGGAGAGUGAAAUUUCCCUGGAAAUAUUUUCUCCUGUUCCCUCUGACCCUCCCACCCCUGGACCAUCCUUGGACACGCCUAUCCCAGAUCCUGCUCUAUCUACCACGCCCCUCUCGUCUGUGAACAAGAAGGGGAAGGGGAGGAGUAAACGUAACUCCUUGCACCCUAAGCUCCAGGUUAAUUUGAAGUCGAUUGAUGUUGAAUCUUACCGUACUCCUGGGAGUAUUCCUACACCCUCAGCUACACCUGGGAGUAGUACUCCAGCAGGUACUCAGCAGGACCCUCCUUGUUCCGCUCCUCCUACUCCUAGAGCUACUUCCCCUGUAGGAGUACCUAGUACUCCAGGAGUACCGAGUACUCCUGGAGGUAUCCCGACAACCUGGAAAAGAAGACCUGUUAGAUCACCCCCCGAUCAGGGUGUAGAGACUAUGUCUGAGGAGGAGCUUGUAAUGUGUGUAUGUGGAAAGAAUGAGGGGGACGGUAUGAUGAUACAAUGUGAUGUCUGUCUCACUUGGCAGCAUGGAAUAUGUCUUGGCAUUUAUACAGAGGACCAGGUACCUGAAUACUACAUCUGUCUGACCUGUCGCAAUCCUAGACUAGGUAGACAAUCCUCCCUCUACUACAUCCCAACCUACUGGUCACAGGACAAGUCCUUGCCCUCCCUGUCCCCUCCCCGACCCUCCCUCAUCUCCCCCGCCCUCUCUGCCAGGGAGAAGAGGAUUAGAGAGGAGGAGGGGGAGGAGAGGAGAAAAAGAAGACUUGAAGAGGGAGCGGAGAGAAUAGAAAAACUAUCUAGACUCAUGAACGAUCUGUCGGCUCUCUCCAGUGUUCUCCACUCACUCCAGGCUAAGCUUAAUAUAGCGGAGCAGAAAAACCAUCCUAAAGUGUUUAUGUGGUCAGCUCCUUGGGAGGAGUCAGCUCCACCAUUAGCCUGGGACACUUCAGCAUUUUUGGACUCACAAGGGUUUAAUCUGGAUCUUACAGCGGACUUUACUGAGGGAGUAGGUGGACUAGAGGGAGUAGGAGCUCAGGGAGUAGGACUGGAAGAAGUUGGGACCCAAGGAGUAGGACUAGAGGGAGUAGGCCAUCCCAAGUAUAUCCCAGAUAAAUCUAACCCUGUUAAUAUUUUAACGCAACCAGAUCAUAAUAUUAAAACUGAUCAUGAAACCACAGAGUUCAACUUACACAAUGGAAUAGAUAAAGCAGGGGCUAGACGAAGAACUGUUACGUUCAGCGAUGAGAAGGAGUGGAAGAAAGAAGGAGAGAAGGGGAAGAAGGAAGAAUUGAUUAUGAGGGAUGGGGAAGAGAAAGAAUUCAAGAACAGGGAAGGAGAGGAAAUACGAGCCUGUUCUAACGGCAAAGUGAAACUACUGAACGGAUCUAUAAUUCUACCAAAGAAUGAAGAGAUUGUGAAUGAGAUGCAAGAAAAGACGGAUGAUACAAAAGAGAUUAGGAAAACUGAACUUGAUGAAGAGACUGAUAUAAUUAAAACUGAAUUGUCUAAACCCCUUGUCAACGGUUUCGACCAUACAGAGAAACCGGAAUUAAAUUUUGAGGUUGAGAAAAAAUCCGAGUUCAUCAGUAAGCUCGACCUGGAGAGGAAACUUGGUAUCUCAGAUGUACCCAGAGCGGAGAGUAAUAAACCCGAACCCUUGAGCACGGCUGAAAGUUCUCCGAAUAAAGUAUCCGGGUUGGAUUCCAAUGAAACUGUAAUAGAUGAGCAGACUGUUGGCUCGGUAGAUUUUGAGAAAACUGAGGAAUUUUCAUUCUUUGAUUUUCCGUCUUUGAAGGAGGUUCAAGAACUGUUGCCUGGAGUUCUCAAGGAUAUAUCAGGGAUGGGGCUAGCUGCUCCGCCCCCUGGGAUGGGGCUAGGUGUCCCACCCCCUCCUACUCCCACCAUCAUCCCUCAACCUAAGCUAAUAAACAGGGAGGAGAGUAGAAUCAAUCUUGUUUCUCAUAUUCAACAUGUUCAGGAUCUUCUUGAGGAAAGGUUGGACAGCCUCGAGGCUAGGCUAGACAUUGAGGAGAACAUUGUAAACUCAACCGGAGGUCAGAGCACUGCUACAGGAGGUCAGAAUGCCAUCAGCGGGAGUCAGAGUUCUCCUAGUGAAAGUCAGAAUACUGCAAGCGGAGGUCAGACAAGUGUUCUAAACUGCUCUCAGAUUAAUCAAGGACUUGCACGGAUCCUACAAGAUUUAAGAUCAAUGAAGAAAACUAGUUUUAUUCUUCCAGAAAAUAUCUAGUGCGCCCCCCCCCCCCAUUCCCCUGCAGUCAAUUAUUUACUGUUCCACAUAGUUAUGGAAAUACACAGAUUUAAAUAUGUAGUUGAAAAAACAAAAUAAAAAAAUAAAAAACAUUAAAUACA